AUGAUUGACUCCUCGAUGGAUAUCGAUAACGAGAAUGGCACGCCACAAGUGGCUCCUAGCAACACGAAAUCUGAGAGUCAGAAUGAGCGCAAGAAACGCACCCGAAAUGGCUGUCUCAACUGUAGUCGCAGGCGACGCAAGUGCGACGAGAUUAAGCCUACUUGCACCGGUUGUAAGCGUCGAGGUGAUAAGUGCCAAUGGCGUAUGCUGGGUUCUUUUCGUGAUGCCAACAUCAAGGUGCUGGAGUCCGAUCAUCCGUCUAUGAGCCAAGGUGUGGACUCCAGCAAGAACAAGCGCCAGAGUAGAUUCAAGAUUCUGAAUUCCAUUCCAACUGCAUCUAGAGCAAGAGGGCCCACUCAGCAAUGUGAUACAAUACAUCCAGUGGGGCCACAGACUAUUUCUCAUUCUCGUUCUACAUCGCCUCCGUCUCAAGACACUGUGAAUAGUGGGCCCGCCUACGUGGCUAUUGAGCCUCAGACUGCUAGUCAUAUUCCAAGGGCGAAUGUUGAUAUCGGGCAAGCUUUGUCACCGCCACUCUCCGGCGACGCCUCAUCUCACCUAUCGCAAUAUAGCCAUCCCUCGCCCCACCAGAGCAUUGACGACAAUAUUACCCAUCUCCAUCAACUUGAUGCAAAUGACCAGACGCCCUAUUCGACAAAUAUAAAUUGCGAUUUUCAACAACAAUCUAUACCAGAUGACGCCUCAUCGCACGCGUAUCUCAACUCUAGUCCUGAAUAUGUGAUCGACGACCUCACUGCACUAAGAAGUCUGACCCAUAGUAGUCAGUUUCAUUCGUCUGUUGCAGAUUCCUAUCAAGCCGGUCCAUCGCCCCCUCUUUUUGAUCAUAGCAUAUUCUCCGUUCCAGCAGACUUUAACAACGACGUCUUUCUGCCGGGUUCAGCCUAUGAAGCACUGCAUACAACUCUGCGUAACCGCCAGUUGUGGACUGCCAGGCCUGAUGUGCCAAUCCGCCGGAGCUCAGGUGCAUCUAUACCGCAGGCCCGCACGCCUAGUGCUUUCAGUAAUGCGAAUUCAUCCACAGAGGCUGAAAGGAGGCCCAGUCGGUCGAGGCCGGGCAGGUUCUUUGAACUUUCACCGGAGAGGGAGCACAUCUUAUGGCAAAAUUACUUGAAUGAGAUCUGUUCCUGGCUCGACAUGUUCGACAACAAUCGGCACUUCGCUUCUACAUUCCCGCAAAUGGCCAAAAACGCGCCCCACCUGCGCUACUCUUGCCUUGCAUUGUCUGCAAGACAACUCGAGAGACAACAAAAUGAAAAGUCACAAUCUGAGAGCCUCUUCCUUUAUCAGGAGGCCAUCCACCUUUUGCUGCCUGAGUUGGAGAGUAAGACAACACCUGUCAUCGCCUCUUGCGUGAUAUUGUGCGUUCUGGAGAUGCUAAGCUGUAAUCCCAAAGAAUGGCGGCGUCAUCUGGAAGGCUGUGCAUAUCUCAUUCAAGCUGCUGGUAUCAACGGGUUCUCUGGAAAGGAAGAGCAGGCAUUGUUCUGGUGCUUUGCAAGAAUGGAUGUCUGUGGUGGUCUCAUAUCAGAAGAAGAAACGAUAAUACCAAUUCACAACUGGCGACCCCGAGAAAUGAGCUGCAUUGAGGCAUCGAACCUAUUCCUCUUGUCCGCCAAGAACAACCUCGACACCUAUGCAAACUACACAGUCUAUCUCUGCGCGCAAACUCUCAGCGUGCUCUUUGGAUCAAAGACAUCUCACCCAUGUACUUCGUGCCAGUCAAUACCCGAGGGCGAUGGUAUUUCAUACGUCCAUCGAUGGAGAGAACUCUUUGGCCACGUCGAGCAGUGGUAUGAGUACCGACCGAGCCAGAUGAAGCCCAUAUUUACUGUCGCAACACCGGGCUACGCAGGACGGGGACAGCCUUUUCCGACUGUGUUGUAUGGGAAUGGAGAUGCCAUUUCGGGAAAUCAACUAUACCAUGUGAGCGCCCUUUUGUUGCUCCAGCAAAAGCCCAAAACAUUGUCACUGUCAAAAAAACCGAAAUCGCUUCUUUGGCAUGCGCGACAGAUCUGUGCCAUCUCUGCCUCGAACGCACACCAUGGCUGCUGGACUAAUGCACUUCAGCCACUCUGGAUUGCUGGCAAGGUGAUGUCACACUACUCUGAACAUGGAGCCAUCGUCGAGACGUUGAUCCGGAUUGAACGCGAGACUGGCUGGGCUACGGCAUGGCGAGUGGAAGAUCUCAAGGACCUUUGGGGUGAUUAUGAUAAUGUUGAUGAGUGUGAUGCAAACACGGAGUGA